UAACUACGUCACUCCCGGCCGGGAACACCGGAAGUAAACAGAUGACACGCGCAGACCCGGCAGGAGGACUGUAGAUGGGACCAAGAUGGUGAGGACACCUGCGAACCGAAAGCCACUCGGGACCUGCUUGAUGUACGUCAUUGCACCGCGACCUGGGGAUAAUUAGGGGUAAUAUUGAGUUGGAAUUCAGUGUUUGGUGUUCGUGCCCCUGUGUAUUAGGAGACCAGCCAGUGAUUUGAGACAUGGAGGAUGAUCUGUCUCUGCACAGGCUGGAAGGUAGUGACCCGUCUCUGGAAGCUGGGGGAUUAGUGAUAAAGAAGAAGAAGAGCUCCAGCAAUGAGCAGCAUGUGUUUAAAGCACCAGCCCCACGUUCCUCACUGCUAGGCCUGGACCUGCUUGCUGCUCAGAAGAGAAAAGAGAGAGAAGAAAGAGAACAGCAAGAAGGAGAAAAGAAGUCCAAAGUCUCUUCAAGGGAUUGGGAGGAGAGAGACAGGUCUCCUGACAGACCUAAUGAUAAGCUGAGUCGGGGGAGUCAUGGGGACAGACAUUACAGGACACCUCGUGUGGAGACUCCAUCAUACACUGGUGGUGUAAAUGAGGAAUUCUUGGCUCGGAACCGUCAGAGAGAACGUGAAAGGCGAGAGCAUGGGGUAUAUGCUUCAUCCAAGGAUGAUCGCCAGAGGAGGAAGGAGCGGGGUAGAGAAAGAGAGGAUCGCAGCUGUCGUAACAGGUCAGAGAGAGAUAGUGGAUCAGAAAGAAGUGGAAGGCGCAGUGAGCCUGAGAGCCCAAGGCACAAACCUAGAGAUGCAUCAACGCCCUCUCGCUCAAGCUGGGAGGAAGAUGAUAGUGGAUAUGGGAGUUCUCAACGCUCUCAGUGGGAGUCCCCUUCUCCUGCACCAUCAAACAGAGAUUCUGAAAAAAGUCAUCGGAGUGAGCGUGAGAGUUCAAGAAGGGAGAGGUCAGAGAGGGGUCGGUAUAGUGAAGAAUCUCCCCUUCCAACUCCAUCUUACAAAUACAAUGAGUGGGCCUCUGACCGACGGCACCUUGGAUCCACCCCUCGUCUUUCUCAAGGAAGAGGAAAGCAAGACAGUGACGAUGACAAGAUUAACUUUAUGUCCGAGGAGGAGCAACGGCAAUGGGAGGACGAUCAGCGGCAAGCAGAUAGAGACUGGUAUAUGAUGGAUGAAGGAUUUGAUGAGUCUCACAAUGCACUGACUUCCACGUCUGAAGACUAUGUAAAGAAACGGGAACAGCAACUUCAGAAACAGACUAGUAAAAGGGUGUCUGCUCAGAGGAGGCAAAUUAAUGAGGAUAAUGAACGCUGGGAAACUAACCGCAUGCUGACCAGUGGAGUAGUACAGAGGCUGGAGGUUGAUGAGGAUUUUGAGGAGGAUAAUGCAGCGAAAGUUCAUCUCCUUGUGCAUAAUCUGGUGCCCCCCUUCCUCGAUGGUCGCAUUGUAUUUACCAAACAGCCAGAACCAGUGAUUCCAGUGCGUGAUGCAACUUCUGAUUUGGCCAUUAUUGCACGCAAAGGCAGUCAGCUGGUUCGCAAGCACCGUGAGCAAAAGGAGCGUAAAAAGGCUCAGCACAAACACUGGGAAUUGGCUGGAACAAAGCUUGGAGACAUUAUGGGUGUUAAGAAGCAAGUUGAUGAACCUGACAAGCCUAUUGCAGAGGAUGGAGCAGUUGAUUACAAGGCAGAGCAGAAAUUCGCUGACCACAUGCGGGAGCGCAGUGAGGCAAGCAGUGACUUCUCCCGCAAGAAGAGUCUGAUGGAGCAGAGGCAGUACUUGCCCAUAUUCGCUGUACAGCAGGAACUGCUUACAAUCAUAAGAGAUAAUAGCAUUGUCAUUGUGGUGGGGGAAACAGGUAGUGGGAAAACUACCCAACUGACUCAGUACCUGCAUGAGGAUGGGUAUACGGAUUAUGGUAUGAUUGCCUGCACCCAGCCCCGCAGAGUGGCAGCCAUGUCUGUGGCAAAGAGAGUCAGUGAAGAAAUGCAAGUGAGCCUUGGAGAAGAAGUGGGCUAUGCUAUCCGAUUUGAGGACUGCACUUCAGAGAAAACUCUUAUUAAGUACAUGACAGACGGAAUACUGUUACGUGAGUGUCUGCGUGAGGCUGACCUUGACCACUACAGUGCUGUAAUUAUGGAUGAAGCCCAUGAACGUUCAUUAAACACAGAUGUGCUGUUUGGGCUCCUGCGGGAGGUUGUUACCCGACGCUCUGAUUUGAAACUGAUAGUGACUUCAGCCACAAUGGAUGCUGAUAAAUUUGCAACUUUCUUUGGCAAUGUUCCAAUUUUUUAUAUACCAGGACGUACAUUCCCUGUUGACAUCCUGUUUAGCAAGACUCCCCAGGAGGAUUAUGUGGAAGCUGCUGUAAAACAAGCUCUACAAAUCCACUUAUCUGGAGCUGCAGGUGAUAUACUGAUCUUCAUGCCUGGUCAGGAGGACAUUGAGGUGACAUCAGAUCAGAUAGUUGAACGCCUGGAGGAACUGGACAGUGCACCACCUCUGGCUGUGUUACCAAUCUACUCUCAGUUACCAUCUGACUUGCAAGCCAAGAUCUUCCAAAAGGCUCCAGAUGGUGUGAGAAAAUGCAUUGUGGCCACAAAUAUUGCAGAGACAUCCCUGACUGUAGAUGGCAUCAUGUUUGUGAUAGAUUCAGGCUACUGCAAAUUAAAGGUAUUUAAUCCCCGCAUUGGAAUGGAUGCUCUGCAGAUUUACCCUAUUAGCCAGGCAAAUGCCAACCAGCGCUCAGGUAGAGCAGGCAGAACAGGCCCUGGACAGUGCUAUAGGCUGUACACACAGAGUGCCUAUAAGAAUGAGCUGCUCCACACUACAGUUCCAGAAAUCCAGCGCACAAAUCUCUCUAACGUCGUUCUGUUGCUCAAGUCACUGGGGGUUCAGGACUUGCUUCUCUUUCACUUUAUGGAUCCUCCCCCAGAGGACAACAUGUUGAAUUCCAUGUACCAGCUUUGGAUUCUUGGAGCUCUUGAUAAUACAGGUGCCCUUACACCUACCGGUCGGCUCAUGGUAGAAUUUCCUUUGGACCCAGCUCUCUCUAAAAUGCUUAUUGUAUCUUGUGAUAUGGGCUGCAGUUCUGAAAUCCUUAUUGUGGUGUCUAUGCUGUCUGUGCCAGCAAUAUUCUAUAGACCUAAGGGACGCGAGGAGGAGAGUGACCAGGUUAGAGAGAAGUUUGCUGUUCCAGAGAGUGACCAUUUGACAUAUCUGAAUGUCUUCCUGCAGUGGAAGAACAAUAACUACUCCAGUGGAUGGUGCAACCAGCACUUCAUCCAUGCCAAGGCAAUGCGUAAGGUUCGUGAAGUUCGGGCACAGUUGAAGGACAUCAUGGUUUCCCAGAGAAUGUCUCUCUCAUCCUGUGGCUCAGACUGGGACAUUGUCAGAAAGUGCAUAUGUGCAGCCUAUUUUCACCAGGCUGCUAGGCUUAAGGGGAUUGGAGAGUACGUGAAUGUACGAACUGGGAUGCCAUGCCAUCUGCACCCAACUAGCUCACUGUUUGGGAUGGGAUAUACCCCAGAUUACAUUGUUUACCACGAGCUGGUGAUGACCACUAAGGAAUACAUGCAAUGUGUCACAGCUGUGGAUGGGGAAUGGCUGGCAGAGCUGGGUCCAAUGUUUUAUAGUAUUAAGCAUGCAGGGAAAACAAGACAGGAAAACAGGCGCCGUGCAAAGGAGGAAGUAUCUGCCAUGGAGGAAGAAAUGAUGUUGGCAGAGGAGCAGCUUCGUGCCAGGAGAGAGGAGCAGGAGAAAAAGAACAUUCUUAGCAGUGCAAGGUCUUUGAAAAUUUACACGCCAGGAAGGAAAGAUCAAGUAGAACCUGGGACACCCCGCCGCACACCUGCACGGUUUGGCCUUUGAAACCUCAUGUCAUUUUUCCUCCUGGCAUGGAUAUGAUAAAUCUGCAUGGGACGAGAUGUCAUUUGUUCUUCGAGUGUAAUGGACAAUGCGGGUGGGAGAGGGGUUUAAGUAUUUUCCUUAUUGUAAAGUGGAACAAUGUUAUUUUUUAACAAUAAUGUCUUGAAUUUUUGGCUCUGCGUGCUUUCCUUUUAAAAUUCUACAAAUACACAGGCUCAAUGAACGUAUGGAAGGUGGAAUUAGCCAACUGUGCUCCUCUGCCCUCCUUUUUGCCCAUAAUAUUUAGUGCAAACCUUGAUCUUAUAGACAGUUUGAUAAGUACAGACUAGUGUUAACAUGAUAAUUAACUCCUAACGAGUGUCGUAAUGUCAGAGGCAGUCCCACAACAAGUGGAUCAGUUGGCUUAUCGGCAGCUCCCUCUGCUUGAAGCCAAUUUAAGUGCUGUAUAUUGACUAAAACGCAACUGUUAAAUGCUGAUUAUUGAUUUUCCUACAAUGCUGACGGGAUGAAGUGCAGCUCGGGGAUUCUGGCUCAGGCUUGGCUGCUUGCAGAGGGGAGUUUUGUCAUCUCUUGCUAUACAGUCCGACAGCUUGGUGAUGGUUUGCUCUGGCUUGGCUAUUCCAGCCCCUGUGCACUGCAUUUCUCAUACAGGCCUUCCCUAACAUGCAGAGUCCCAUUCAUCUGAUGUCUCCAUUACAUAAAGAAUGAGAGAAACGAUCAGUCUGAUUAAUUUAUUAUAAAAUUAUAAAUAUUUAAAAAAAAACAAUUUAAUGUUGAUGCAGCAAGCAGAAAUCUGGGACAUAUUAAAAUGUGCAAACCUCCUGUAUUGCUUCUCCAAAAGAGUGUUAAGACCAUCCAUUUCAAAAAAAAAAAAAA